CAUUCUGUUCAGUAAACUCAAGUGCAACAGUACUAUAGCUGAAUCGUCUUGCACAGUGAAAACAUCAGGGUAUCAUGGAGCAUAGCCACAGUCAUAACAUCUCCACUGGAGCUCCUGCCAAAACCAAUGCAACGGCAUGGGAUGUCCACCAAAUAAGACAGUCCAUCUUCCUGAUAACCGGUCUGUGUGUGGGUCUGCCACUUGUGGGUUGGGCACUGGCCGUUCUACGCCGCCACAGACGCAACGGGGGUCGAGGGUCGGCUUUGGUCAUUGCGCUCCUCCUGACCGACCUCCUGGAGAUGGUCCUGAGCCCCGCCAUGGUGGCGUACCUACUGGUGCCGGGCGUCACACGCAGCGGUUCCGUCUACCUGCUCUUCUUCUGUGUGAAGUACUGUGGUCUGCACCUCCACCAGAUGGUGGCGCUAGAGGGAGUCAUGACCCGGACGUACCUGCCGGUCACUUCCCUUAGGUUCUGGCGACCCUUCUCCAUCCUCUUCUGUCUCCUCGAGGGCGUAUUUCUCCUGCUGUGUGUGUUUGUUCACCCGUUUGCCCAGACGGCUGCCGUCACCCUCACAUGGCUGUUGCUGGGAGUGAUAAUACUGGGCAUCACAUGCAAGCUAGCCUCUACACCAACCCCCUCCUCUCCGCACUCCUCAGAGACUGCCCAGGACAAUGAUCGCACCGUGCUGGUUGUCGCCACUCUUAGCUUUCUCGCGCUGUAUGGUCCGUUUCUUGCAUUUGUGUUUACUCAGGUAUCAAUGCCACCGGCUUCCUUUGAGAGACAUGGCAAUGGCAUACUGACAGCCUUGACAGUGGUCUAUCCAGCGGUUUGCCUGAGGCUCCUCACUGACCCUCUUUUGUGUGUGCUGGUUGUCAGGGAACUUCCACUGGAUAGGCAACGGUAA